GUGAGCAAUUAUAACGUUUUUUCCAGGCCGCUCUUUACCUGGUGGGUAACACUAGUGCAGGUGCUUGUUUGCAUUGUCUCCUUAUUAUUCUAUGGUCUUGGACCAGUAGGCUGGGAGAGAGUGGAGAUGAAGGGAGAGGUCGUCGACGUCUCUUUAGUUAUGCGACAAGUUAGCUAUUACGAACCCGUAAACCAUUGGAUCGGGCCCAGAUUCGCAGAUUUAAUACGACUGGGAGCCAAGUAUUCACCUUGCAUGCGACGGGAACCUGGAUUGUGGAGGUUAAUAGAGGAGGAGCGGAGGAAAGAGAAUGUGACGGGAUGCUGUGUGUUCAAUGAUCGGACGGGAUGUUACCAAACAAGACAGUCAAGCUGUCCGGUGGGUACAGUUAGCAUUAUCAGCUAUGGUAUUGUUUGCAUGCGAAGAAAGAGAGGUUGUUGUAACCUCACGAAGGUUCGCUACAAUAUUCAUAACCCACUAGCAAUUUGUACGAGCGUCAUUCGUUGGCCACAUGGCAUAAAUGGUCUAAACCAACCAUUCCUUCCCUCACUAGAUCAAAAUCCGACUCGUCAUUACUGGACGCCACCCGAAAUGCUUUUCACGUUAACAGUUGUAUUUAGAACACCUCCUCACGCCGUCGUGGUUCGACCCUGCCUGCAGUUUCUAGCCAUUCUUGGAGAACAGCUGGGGCCGUAUGCGGACAAGAUCCGGACUACUUUCAGCUUCCCAUUUACGUGCCAUUUACGCUCGAAUGUCGUCGAGAUAUAUCUUUUUAGUUUCUGCAAACGUCCAUCAUCGGUUAGACCAUACGAAUGGCCUGAUGACCUGACACGAUGGCCGGUCAAUUGCUUUUCCGACAUAUGUGGCAUGCUUCCGUUUCUUUGGCGAGAUUACCCAGAUCAGUUCUACCGCAUGUUCCUUUCCCUGUUUUUGCACGCUGGUAUCAUUCAUUGCGCUUUCACGGUAUUUGUGCAAAUGUGGUUGAUGCUUGAUCUUGAGAUGCUCAUUGGUUGGAAACGCAUGGCGAUUCUAUAUAUCGGUUCUGGCAUUGGAGGGAAUUUUGCUAGUGCGAUUUUUGUGCCUUACAGUCCGGAAGUUGGCCCAUCAGGAAGUCAUUUAGGAAUAAUGGCAGCGCUUGUCGUGGAUUUGCACCACCACAGACAUAUCAUAGUGAGACCGCGGCGUGAGCUCAUGAAGCAUAUGUUGACUGUUUUUGUGCUUUUUCUCACCGGUCUGCUUCCGUGGAUUGACAACUGGGCUCAUUUGUUUGGUUUCCUCUUCGGGCUACUGAUCACUAUAGGUAACUUCAGAAUUUAUUUUUUAUACUCUUGA